ACAGGAGGCGGGGGCCGGGGAGAGGGUGGAAACGGCCCACGGUGGCGAAGAAGGCUUUAGAGGCAGCAUGAAGCGCGCACAGACCGCCGAGGAACGAGAGCGUGAAGCUAAGAAACUGAGGCUUCUUGAGGAGCUUGAAGACACUUGGCUUCCUUACCUGACCCCCAAAGAUGAUGAGUUCUAUCAGCAGUGGCAGCUGAAAUAUCCUAAACUGGUUCUCCGGGAAGCCGGCAGUAUAUCCGAGGAGCUGCAUAAAGAGGUCCCUGAGGCCUUCCUCACACUGCAUAAGCAUGGCUGCAUGUUUCGGGACGUGGUUAGGAUCCAAGGCAAAGAUGUGCUCACCCCAGUGUCUCGCAUCCUCAUUGGGGACCCAGGCUGCACCUACAAGUACCUGAACACCAGACUCUUCACAGUGCCCUGGCCAGUGAAGGGCUGCACCAUCAAUUACACAGAGGCUGAGAUCGCCGCUGCAUGUCAGACCUUCCUCAAGCUCAAUGACUACCUGCAGGGUGAGACAAUCCAGGCCCUGGAAGAACUGGCCAUCAAAGAGAAGGCUAACGAAGAUGCUGUGCCCCUGUGCAUGGCAGAGUUCCCCAGGGUUGGCAUGGGGUCGUCCUGUGAUGAUGAAGUGGACAUUAAGAGCAGAGCAGCCUACAACGUAACUCUGCUAAACUUCAUGGAUCCUCAGAAAAUGCCAUACCUGAAAGAGGAGCCUUAUUUUGGCAUGGGGAAGAUGGCGGUGAGCUGGCAUCACGAUGAGAACCUGGUGGACAGGUCAGCAGUGGCCGUGUACAGCUAUAGCUGUGAAGGCUCUGAGGAUGAAAGUGAGGAUGAGUCCAGCUUCGAGGGCAGAGAUCCCGACACUUGGCAUGUUGCUUUCAAGAUCUCGUGGGAUAUCGAGACGCCGGGCUUGGCAAUACCCCUUCAUCAGGGAGACUGCUAUUUCAUGCUGGACGAUCUCAAUGCCACCCACCAGCACUGUGUUUUGGCUGGUUCGCAGCCUCGGUUUAGCUCCACCCACCGAGUGGCAGAGUGUUCCACGGGCACCUUGGAUUAUAUUUUACAACGCUGCCAGUUGGCCCUGCAGAAUGUCCUCAAUGAACUUGACAAUGGCGAUGUCACUCUGAAGUCCUUGGAACCUUCAGUUUUGAAAAAAGGGGAAGAUAUCCACAAUGAGGUCGAGUUUGAGUGGCUGAGGCAGUUCUGGUUUCAAGGCAACCGGAACAAACUUUGCACUGAUUGGUGGUCUGAACCCAUGACUCAGCUGGAGGAGCUGUGGAAGAAGAUGGAGAGUGUGACAAAUGCUGUGCUUCGUGAAGUUAGAAGAGAUGGGCUCCCUGUGGAACAAAGGAACGAAAUUCUGGCUGCCAUCCUGGUCUCGCUCACCCUGCGCCAGAACCUGAGGAAAGAAUGGCACGCCAGGUGCCAGUCCCGAAUCGUCCGGAACUUACCAGCCAAUCAGAAGCCAGACUGCCGGCCCUACUGGGAGAAGGAUGACCCUUCCAUGCCUCUGCCCUUUGACCUCACAGAGGUGGUUUCAGAGCUCAGAAGCAAGCUUCUGGGACCAAAAGCCUAGAGGAAGCACAAGUCCGUAGGUGGCAAAGGAAAAGAUAUCCUGGCUUUCCUCCCCGAACCUUGGACAAGGGUAGUGUAGACGCCUCUCAACCCAUAGGGUAUAGGACCUGGGUUCCAACUCAAAACAGCUCAGAAAUAAAGCCCAGAAAUAGAAAAAUGUUGAAAAAUCGCACAGUGUUUUAUCUGAUUUGGUGUUAAACUAGAACACACACACCACAGAAUAUUGCCCAACUCUUCUUCUCCCUUGGGAGCUCUUUCUGUCCCCAAGGCAUCGACAGGAAUGAGCUAAGCAUCGUCUCCUUUCCUACUGGCUUGCCACCUCAGAGAGAAAGAGUAGACCCAGGCAUGGAACCCCAGAGCCGGAGACAGCCACCCCAGCUUCUCUUCUUGGCUUCUGCGGUUGAGCCAUCCGCAGAUGGUGGUUACUAGCUCACUGCACAGACCUAAAUUUAAGCUCAGUUGUAGCUACAAAUCCCUUCUUCACGUGCCCUGGCCACAUGUCACGUGCCUGUCAGGGGUGCGAUGACUACAGUUUCAGACAACACAUCCGGGUUUCAGGCUUACGACAGGCAUUUCCCUCUUAUGGUUUUCUAUCUGUAGCAGCAAUUGCUGCUGUAACCGUGGAGGACAGAAAUGAAAAGCAGUCGCAGAACAGUAACACAGCUCAGUGAGGGCCCAACUGUGAGCAAGGAAGGAACAGCAAAGGAAACAGCCACAUCCUGUCUUUGCGGGGCUUCCCUGAUCCAAUGACAGAGGACGGCCCCACAGACGCUAUUUCAUGGAGUUAGCGUUUCUUUUAGAAUUUCCCCAUUCAUAGGUAGCGGCAGGUGGCAUGGAUUCCCAUCCCAGUGAUGCCAGAGCCUCAGAGACUGUGGGGAGAAGUCAAGCCUGAAUUCAGAUUUCAGAGUGCCAGGGUUAAGUUCCCCACUGUGACCUUUGCAUGUCCUAUGUCUCAGUUUUCUUAUCUGUAUGGUGGGAGGUAUUGCAAGUACCGACUCCUCACUUGAAGAUUAGGUGACGUGGCAAGCUAGAGACAGCCUAACCAUCCGAUACGUUAUGUGAGCUGGCCUGGAAAUAGCAAUAUUCCUACCCAGCUGCUGCCCUUUGCUGUCUGUGUCUCAUGGCCCACAUAUCUUUCUGCUGGCCUGGAACCUUCUGGUGGCCCCAGAUACGUUGACAACAGCCCCUUCCCUCAGCCCGAUUUUCUUGUAUGAGUCAGGUUCUUGUGCGUAUGGAGGGUCCGUAAACAGCAGUAUUUUUGCGGCAACAACAAUUCCACCUGAGGUUCCUUCCCGCCCAGAGUUGCCCACCGGACAGCAGCUGGGAUUCCCUGGUACGGAAACCCAAGUCUCUUAGGCCUUGAUUUGCCCCCCUUUUUCAUGAGUCCCAACUUCCUCAUCGGUAGAGAGUGAGGUCCAUUCUCACAGGGUACUGACACAGUCCAAUGAAAUCACCUCAGUAAGGUGUAUGUGGCUUCAGAUGUCACAGGCAGGCCCACCACCACCAUCCCCAGCCCUCUGGCUCUGUGGGUCAUUAGGCCCCGUGGUAUUUUUUCUAUAUCUUAUUCCAUUAGGUGCCAAAAUUAUUAGUUGGGAGAUUCCACAUAGAAUAAGAAUUUCUCUUUAAAAGUCAGGGCACCCAUACUGGGUCUCCUCCCUCGCAUGGCAGUGGCUUGGCAGUGGCUGUGACCUCUAUGCUCUGCUGCAACCCUGCUACUCCAUGUUAUCAUUUUGUAAACACGCUCCCCCAGCAGCUCUCUAAACCUGCUUGCCAAUGCCCUUUGGUAGAAAGCAUUAGUGUCAAGUGCUCAGUACGUGUUCCUCCUGUUGAACUGUGUUCGUGGUCUGCCCGUACUGCUGUGCUGUGUGCAUCCCUUCCUACACAAUAAAGAAUUCAAAGACGAGAAA